GACAUUGGGGUUUUCCUUGGUAUGAUGAAUUCUGACAAUUUGCUAAGUGUUUCUCGAAUUCCUGGUCCAUACGACAUGACUGGAAAUGGUAUCUCGGCAGCUGGAGCGCGCUUGUCAUUUGUGUUUGCUAUGCGCGGUCCAUGUAUCUCGAUGGACACUGCCUGUUCAUCAAGCCUAGUUGCCACUCAUAUAGCAGAGUGCGCCAAGGCCCUUUCACAAGGUAGCAACAUGAUUCUAAGCCCAAGCGGAGCUUUUUUGAUGUUUGCCAUCGCUGGAAUGCUUUCGAGGCAAGGUCGAUGUCACACAUUUGACCAGCGUGCGAAUGGCUAUUCGCGGGCAGAAGGCUACGUUGCCAUGUUUAAUUCAAGAUAUCGUACUCAGGAUGAACCUGCUCAGGAUGAACCUGGACUGGCUUAUCUUGGAUCUUGCUGCCUGCACAAUGGACAAAGUGCGACGUUCACCGCCUUGAACGGAUCGUCUCAAAGGCACUUGCUGCGUCGCGUUGGAGUAACGGCAAUAUGCUUUGUAGAAGCUCACGGAACUGGUACGUCUCUUGGCGAUCCA